ACCGGCUCGGAACAGUUGGCCCCAUGAUUGCUGUCUAGAUCAGAUUCUGCCGUGAGAUCGGAGGCAUUGACGGCAGGACCGAGCCAGCCAACCGAGCAGCCAGCGGACGAAAUCUCUCGAACGACCUCGCACAUUGGACUGUUGUCGACUCAAGGUCCCUUGCGCGAUCAAAACUCCUCCGAAGCCGUCUUCGGAGUCCUCAACGAACGUUGGAACGGAUCGUUUAUCGAUGUUGAUACCACCGAAUGGAUAUCUGUCGCUGCUGCUAAGACAACUCACGUCUUGUGGUGACUCUCGCGAAUUUCUCAUCCAUCGAGGACUGCGAGGAAGUCCGAAUCGUUUGUGUAAGCCGAACUCGUGAAUAAGAGGUGCGCGCAAAGGAUAUGUCUACCGACGUCGUGAAGAACUUCGUUGCCGGAGGUGUUGCGGGAAUGUUUUCGAAAACUUCCGUGGCUCCCCUUGAUCGGAUCAAGAUACUCCUCCAGGCUCACAACUCGCACUAUAAGAAUCUCGGAGUUCUGAGCGGACUCCGAGGCAUCGUUUCCAAGGAAGGCUUCAUCGGUCUGUAUAAAGGCAACGGUGCGAUGAUGGUGCGCAUAUUCCCCUACGCAGCGGUACAGUUCGUGUCUUUCGAGACGUACAAGACCGUUUUCAAAGAAUCUGCUCUGGGUCGUUACAAUGCCCAUGUGAGCAAAUUUUUGGCCGGGUCCGCUGCCGGGGUCACAGCGGUUCUUGCGACCUAUCCUUUGGACAUGGUUCGCGCAAGACUCGCUUUUCAGGUGAACGGGCAGCACGUCUACUCUGGGAUACUCGACACAGUGGUCUCGAUAUGCCGUAAAGAAGGGGGCAUCCUUGCGCUGUACCGCGGACUUUCACCUACGCUUAUCGGGAUGGUGCCGUACGCCGGUAUCAAUUUCUACGUAUUCGAGCAGAUGAAGGCCGUGCUGCUGCAACGCCUACCCAUAAUCUUUGCGCAAAUAAACGAAAACAAUUCAGGAGGAAUGCAGCUAAACGUGCCCGGGAAACUGGUCUGUGGUGGCGUUGCCGGAGCCAUCGCGCAGACUGUCAGUUAUCCAAUGGAUGUAGCACGUCGGCGAAUGCAGCUCAGCCUGAUGUACACUGAAAUGAAUAAGUAUAACGUCGGCCUGGUCCAAGCUCUGAUGCUCACAUGGAAGGAACAUGGAGUCGUGAAGGGACUCUACCGGGGUAUGAGUGCGAACUACUUCCGUGCCGUCCCCAUGGUCGCGGUCUCAUUCUCCACGUAUGAAGUUAUGAGACAAACUUUCGGACUCGACACCGGCGUCAAUUAAUCCGAGGAUAAAUUCGUCUUUUGUAAUCCGAACGGCUUCCUAGUGAUUAGGUGUUGGAAGCGGAAAUCCAGUAUCUGAAAUCAUUCCAUACUCCCGGAAAUAGAGUCCAUCCGCCCGCCAAUACAAGCGUACCUGCAACAGAUGUUCUCCGGGGAUAAGGAAAAUCACCUCCGUGCUUGCAGAGUCGCCGUACAGUGCCUUGUGGGUCGUCAUAUAGAAGUCGAGCUCGAGAUAGAUAGUUUGGAAUGUACGUUGCGAUACGAAUCUGAACGAAAGAAUGCGAUCGAGAAACACAAGCUGAAUAAUGCUCGAGCCAGCUGCUCCGCGGAAACUGGCUGGUGCAUGUAAAUAUCAGGCUUGACUUAACAUUAGAGAACUCGUCGCCCCGAUGCGCCGCGCAGUCAGCCGGUGAGGCGAUACCAAUAUCUGUGCAUCCGCGUCCGACUUGCAACUGGCCGACAUUAGUACGACCGGGUCGAGUCUCCGUAUAGUUGACUCCAGACUGUUUCGUUGUUCCUAAUAUAUUGAUCCCCCCAAUCGAAACGUUUUCGAUGUUGAGAACUCGAUCCACCACGCCAGACCCUGUAACUAGUGUAAAUAUCCGUGUAUCGGACCAUCAAUAACACCUAUUAAGAAAAUUUCAUACACGAGGCAUUCUUGUGCGUCAUCGGUACUUAGGAUUUGGAAUCUCUUGCUGCUCAAUUCUCCACGACGUUUUUCUGGGGAAAACUUCGUAGAACUCUCUGGCCUUCGAAGCUCCCUAUACUCUCCGUCUCGGGAUGCGGUUUUCAUCCUAUAGAAGCCUGACUCGUUUGGUGAGCUCGACGAUUCUAUAGGAGACUUAAAGAUGAGAAUUAGACGAGCUCCGAUACAUUCCGACGUCCGUUAAUUAUCACGCCCUAAUCUCUGAAUAUCAGAAUCUAAUAUUGUAACAUAUUUGUUGGUAGUAGAAAUCAGAUCGAUCGGCUGACUGAAGCUGGACUCGAUUUUCACAUCAAAUAAAUUGGAAGAAAGA